AAAAUUGAAAUAGACGUUACCCCUGUUUUUGUCUCCUUUCUUUCCAUGCUCUCUGCUCUCACCAUUCACGGAAAAAAAACAAUAGAAAAACUCCACAGAUUUCCACAACCUAGACACUCAACAUUUUAUAGGAAUUUUCUUCCUUUAUUUCUUCCAAAUCAAAGUGUGUGAGAGAGAGAGAGAGGUGUAAUUGCUACUUCCCCAAGUCCCAUGGAGGUCAGACAUAGGCCAAUCAAAGACAUAUACCAAAGGAAGUUCCCAGGAAGUAAAGACAGAGAUUUUGAGAGGCCUUUCCAUAUUGCUAUCCAAGAUAAGAAUGCCAAAUCCAAGUUUCAUUCUCCUUUGAAACUAGCCCUAGUUAUCCUUCUAUUUGGAAAUUUAUUGGCACUUCUCUACUCUCAAAAUGUUUGCCAUCGCAACCAUGUUUCACAUGCUGUUCCUCUGUGGAUAUGGAGUGGAUUGGAUUCACGAUACAUAUCCCAUUUGGACAUUGAUUGGGAUGAAAUUGCAAAAGUCAUAGGGACAAUGUCUGAUGAGAAUGAAGUCCAAGAGAUUGGCCUUUUAAAUUUUAAUAAAAAUGAAAUCAAUCAUUGGAAACAACUUAUUCCCGAUGCAGAGCAUAUUGUUUUGCAACUAGACUAUGUCGAGAAAAAUGUGACGUGGGAUACCUUGUACCCAGAAUGGAUUGAUGAAGAGCAGGAAGAGGAAGUUCCCAUUUGUCCUUAUUUUCCAAAGAUUGACAUGCCUAGAAAACGGCUUGAUCUCAUUGCAGUUAAGCUUCCUUGUAGAGAUGAUGUGAAUUGGUCUAGAGAUGUGGCCCGGUUGCAUUUACAGCUUACGACUGCUGAGCUAGCAGCUGCUUCCAAAGGCUAUCAUCCGCUGCAUUUGCUCUUUGUCACAAAAUGUUUUCCAAUACCAAAUCUAUUCACCUGUAAGGAACUUGUUUUGCACCAAGGCAAUGCAUGGUUGUACAAACCAAACUUGAAUGUGUUGAGGGACAAAACCCAGCUCCCUGUUGGUUCAUGUGAACUUGCACUUCCAUUCAAACCAAAAGAACAUGGCUACUCUGGAAAUGUGUAUCGGGAGGCAUAUGCAACAAUCUUGCAUUCUGCUGACGUAUAUGUGUGUGGAGCCAUAGCUGCAGCUCAAAGCAUCCGCAUGGCAGGAUCCACACGAGACCUUGUUAUACUUGUCGAUGAAACAAUCAGUGGGUAUCAUAGGAGUGGACUUGAGGCUGCAGGAUGGAAAGUCCGGGAAAUCCAGAGGAUAAGAAACCCAAAAGCUGAAAAAGAUGCCUAUAAUGAAUGGAAUUACAGCAAGUUCCGAUUAUGGCAGUUGACAGAUUACAACAAGAUCAUCUUCAUCGAUGCCGAUAUGCUUAUACUUAGAAACAUUGACUUCUUAUUUAGCAUGCCUGAAAUUUCUGCAACAGGAAAUGACGCAACACUUUUUAACUCGGGUGUGAUGGUGGUAGAGCCAUCAAACUGCACAUACCAGCUUUUAAUGGAUCACAUCGACAAGAUUGUGUCCUAUAAUGGGGGAGACCAAGGAUACUUGAAUGAAAUCUUUACUUGGUGGCAUCGGAUUCCAAAGCACAUGAACUUCUUGAAGCAUUUUUGGGACAGAGACGAUGAAGAAGAGAAACAGAUCAAAACUGGGCUUUUUGGAGCUGAGCCUCCCAUUCUUUAUGUCGUCCACUAUCUGGGUCAAAAGCCAUGGCUGUGCUUCCGGGACUACGACUGCAAUUGGAAUGUGGAUAUUUUACAAGAAUUUGCAAGUGAUGUUGCCCAUUGGAGAUGGUGGCAAGUGCAUGACUCAAUGUCAGAGUUACUGCAACAGUUUUGCCUGUUGAAAACAACUCACAAGGCACAAUUGCAGUGGGAUCGGAUGCAAGCCCAAAAGGCAAACUACACCGAUGGGCAUUGGGAAAUUAAAAUCCGUGAUAGGCGUCUCAAGAGGUGCAUUGACAACUAUUGCUCCUGGAAAAACAUGUUAAAGCAUUGGGGUGAGGAAAAUUCCACAGAAAAUGAAUUUGUACACCGACCCCGCGUACCAUAAAAAUUUACAAUGGAAACAAGUCUACCAACAUAGAAAUCCAAUAAAGAAUUCAGAAACACAAUAUACAUGCAUUUUCUUGAAGUGGGCCCUGCCAACAAAUCUUGAGUGACAAAAGUGUGUUCGUAUUUACUUAUGAUUUUGUGUUCUUAAUGCAAGAAGUUCUUGUAGAGCCAUUUUGAUAUGGGUAUGAGUAGGUGUUAUUCUGCCUUUGAUUUUUCGAGGCUAACCUAUUUACAAGUAUGUGUACUGCAAAAUUAGGAUUGCAGGUCUCUGUGUAGGAGAAAUUAUCCUUUCUUUUGCUCAUGCUUUAUAGAAAAUUCCCUUGAUUUUCUCCUGCUUUA